AUGAAUAAGAAAAUAUUUCUUUACUAUUAUAGCAAGCUUUAUCCAGAUUUUAGAUUAUUGAUUUUUGAGGAUUUGAAAUUUGUGAAAGAAGUAAAUGUUCAGCUUUAUCAAAGAAAAAUAGUUCUAAAUGAGAACUUUUAGAUCUACAUGAUAGAAGAAGAUAGAAUAGAUGAAGGAAAAUGCUUGAUUUUAGGGUUGCAUGAUAGAUAGUAAUUUGAGAUAGUGUAUUAGCAAUAGAUAAAUUGGAUUACAUAGAUAGUCAAGAAAUUAUAAUAGAUAGUUUUAUACCUUCAUAAUUAAUUAUGA